AUGGCGCUUGACUCCAAUGCUCAAAUUGGGUGUUCUGGUUCACCGCUUCCUCACUUUACGCCUUUUCAAACACCGGGUUCUCGCGGGGUUAAUGUUUUUGCUCAAGAUCUGGCCAGCCAAGAAAACGCAUAUGUUUUUCCGCCAUUCAUCUUAGUUGGUCCUCUUCUCCGUUUUCUUGACAAGGCCUUGUUCUCGUUCACCAUUGUGGUUCCAAAACUGUCUCCUCUACCAUAUUGGUGGCCUCUUAUUCAAGCAAGGGCAUCUCAUUUUGUCGUCCUGGGCCAUAAAGCUGAUCACGAUAUCGUGUUAUUUCCAUCUCCGCACCACGUUUUUUCCACACGUCCUUUACCUUGGGAUUUGUAUGCUUUCAGGAUUACCAUCUCGCUUCCGUCUGUCCUUUCUUUAGAUUCAGCGACCUAGAAUCUGGAAGCCAGCAGCUCCUUGCCUGGAUUGUGGCUACCUUAAUGAUGCCGAUUUCAACUUUUGCCAGAGGUGCGGUUUCCGCCAGUUUUGUUCAGAUUCCCAACAUCCUUCUAAGCGGUUAAAGAUCGACUUUCAACUAAUCGAUGAUCGUCAGAAGUCUUCUAUUUACAAGGAACUUAUAAAUUUUCUUUCUUCUCUCCCGGUUCCAAAGGCUCUUCCUUCCGCUUCUCCAUCCGACAUUUAGAAGUUUCUGGUGUGGAAGGAUAACUCAGGGAAGACCGUUGUUCACCUUUUGGAUUGUCCAGGCCUGGGCCAACGCCAGCGCGUCUCCUGUUCAUGUCCAACCAGGUUAGCUGCUGGAACUGUGGACAGCCUAAUUGGGAAACUCAGGUCCAUUUUUCUUGAGGAGGGUUUGGGAGGGGAAUGGGACGACCGAUUAGGUAUUGGAAAUCCCGUCUCUCAUCCCUCUAUUAAAGCUUAUUUGAAGUGUGACGAGAAGAGCAAGCCCAGGCUCGAGUACAGCCUCGUAAGGCCGUUCCCCUUUUUACAAAUAAAUUUUUGGCUAUAG